AUGAACGAUAAACAAGACCGCCUGCGACGUAACGAAGAAAAUACUCAUAACGAACCUGGAAACGGGUCUAGUUAUCUCCGGGGUGCUGAAUGUGCCGAAUGUACCGUUAAUCAUAACAUCCCAGACCACAACGCAUUUAUAGAAACUCCGAGUGAUACAGAAGUAAAAUCCAUACUGACGUAUAAUGAUCCUAAUGCAUACCGAGUCUCUUACGCGGAUAAUUUACCUACGGGAGAUGAAGCAGUAGAAACCACUUCUAUUUUACUAUCACAGCCGCUGCCAUUACGGUCGAACAUAAUGUCCGUCUUGGUAGGCAUAUUCGUUGCUGUGGGAGGGUUUCUGUUCGGGUAUGAUACCGGGCUCAUCAAUAGUAUCACGGAUAUGCCCUAUGUUAAAACCUACAUUUCACCGAACCAUUCAUAUUUCACGACUAACCAGAUAGCCAUGCUUGUAUCAUUUCUUUCCCUAGGGACAUUCUUUGGCGCGUUGAUCGCACCCUAUAUCUCGGAUUCAUAUGGUAGAAAACCGACAAUCAUGUUCAGUACUGCUGUUAUUUUUUCAAUAGGAAACUCCUUACAAGUUGCAUCCAAUGGUUUGGUGCUACUUAUCGUUGGAAGAGUGAUCUCGGGUAUUGGCAUUGGGAUAAUUUCCGCUGUCGUGCCAUUAUAUCAGGCCGAAGCAGCACAAAAGAACCUUAGAGGUGCUAUAAUUUCCAGCUAUCAAUGGGCCAUUACUAUUGGACUACUUGUGUCCAGUGCAGUAUCGCAAGGCACUCACUCCAAAAACAGUCCUUCUUCAUAUAGAAUACCAAUUGGCUUACAGUACGUCUGGUCCAGUGUUUUAGCUGUGGGCAUGAUAUUCCUGCCGGAGAGUCCACGAUAUUAUGUCCUGAAGGAUGAGCUUAAUAAAGCAGCCAAAUCAUUAUCCUUUUUAAGGGGCCUUCCGAUCGAAGAUCCAAGACUUUUAGAAGAGCUGGUAGAAAUUAAAGCUACUUACGAUUAUGAGGCAUCGUUUGGUCCUUCAACGCUUAUGGACUGUUUUAGGACGAGCGAAAAUAGGCCCAAACAGGUUUUGCGAAUAUUCACCGGUAUUGCCAUACAAGCUUUCCAACAAGCUUCAGGUAUAAAUUUCAUAUUCUAUUACGGCGUUAAUUUUUUUAACAACACAGGAGUGGACAGCUCUUACCUGGUUUCCUUUAUCACCUAUGCUGUCAAUGUUGCAUUCAGUAUACCUGGCAUGUAUUUAGUAGAUCGUAUCGGUAGACGACCAGUACUUCUUGCUGGAGGUAUCAUAAUGGCAAUAGCCAAUUUAGUCAUUGCCAUUGUUGGUGUUUCCGAAGGAAAAACCGUAGUGGCAAGUAAAAUUAUGAUCGCCUUUAUCUGUCUCUUUAUUGCUGCAUUUUCGGCCACAUGGGGUGGUGUCGUGUGGGUAGUGUCUGCUGAACUAUACCCACUUGGUGUCAGAUCAAAAUGUGCUGCCAUAUGCGCUGCUGCAAACUGGCUGGUAAAUUUCAUUUGUGCCUUGAUUACACCUUACAUCGUUGAUGUUGGAUCACAUACGUCUUCAAUGGGGCCCAAAAUAUUUUUUAUUUGGGGUAGUUUAAACGUCGCUGCAGUUAUUGUUGUUUAUUUCGCUGUGUAUGAAACAAGAGGAUUGACAUUGGAAGAGAUUGACGAGCUAUUUAGAAAGGCACCAAAUAGUAUCAUUUCCAGUAAAUGGAAUGAAAAAAUAAGAAAAAGAUGCAUAGCACUUCCAAUUUCACAACAGAAAGAGAUGAAAACUAAUAUAAAGAAUACUGGAAAAUUAGACAACAACAGCUGUCCAAUUUUAGAGGAUGAUAACAACAGUCUGUCCAAUGUAGACAGAUUUUUGCAGGAUCUAACACAACCUGAACACGAAAUAGUCGUAGCGGAUAAGGAGAAUGAUGGCUUAAUUGACAAUACAAAUUCAUUCCCUUUAACUUCCAUGGAGUUUAAACCAGUGGAAUGUCCUCCCGUGAACUACGUGGACUUAGGAAAUGGCCUAGGCUUAAAUACAUACAACAGAGGCCCUCCCUCUAUCAUUUCCGAGUCUACCGAUGAGUUCUACCAGGAAAAUGACACUUCUAACUGCAAUAAUACUGAGGUAAACGGUAGCAAUAGUAUCGAUACAUAUAUGGCCCAACUAAUCAAUAGUCCAUCCACCACUAGCAACGAUACUGCAUUUUCUCAGUCACCCAAUAGCCAAACAAAAACAUCUUCUAAUUGGAUGAGCGAUCGAACUAGCAAACACAGCCAACACACUCUCCCAAGUAACAACCUGUAG